AUGAACUCAAAUCCAAAUGUGCCUCCGCCUUUUGGUGUUUACACACCACUUGUUACAUUUUUCCACGAGGAUGAAAGCCUCGACCUAGAAUCAAUUAGCAAGCAUGUGCUUAGAAUGGCCGAAGGAAAGGUGGCAGGCUUGGUCAUCCAGGGAAGCAAUGGCGAAGCACCUCAUCUCCUACACGACGAGAGAAAAUUGUUGGUAGCGACCGUGAAAAGGACUCUGACGGAGAAUGGAUUCCCUGGCAUCAAGUUGAUUGUAGGGUGUGGGGCUGCGAGUGUGAGGGAGACAUUGUUGUAUCUUUCCGAAGCCAGGGAAGCUGGGGCUGACUAUGGACUUAUCCUACCUCCCGCCUACUGGACAGCCGGAAUGUCAGCCCCGGUAAUAGAGAAAUUUUAUCGAGAUGUUGCAAGCUCGGCAGUCAUGCCAUUCUUGAUAUAUAACUUUCCAGGUGUCACUGGGGGCAUUGAUAUUAGCUCUGACAGUAUCAUCAGUCUCGCCAAAGAAAACCCCGCUAUUGUCGGCGUCAAGUUGACAUGUGGAAACGUCGGAAAGCUCCAAAGAGUCGCAUCCGCACUUCCAGGCGGACAGUUUGCUGCCCUAGCUGGAAAAUCAGACUUCUGCCUUCCCGCACUUGUCGCAGGAUCGCACGGGGUUAUUGCUGCCUUAGCAAAUCUGGUACCAAAACUUCAUUCGGAACUUCUUCGAUUAUACGAGGCUGGAGAUCUCAAGGCUGCCAUAGAAUUACAAUCAAAGCUGAGUAAUGCAGACUGGGCACUGUUGAAAUCCGGGGUAGCAGGGGUGAAGAAGACAGUUGCUGAGAAUUUUGGGUACGGCUGUGGGAAAAGCAGGAGACCACUUGGGAACGGGCCGGCUGAGGUAGCUGCGGAGGUCUCGGGUCCUAUUGAUCUAGUUGUUGCUCUUGAAAAGAGCCUUUCAUGA